CAACACUGGCUAACUGCUCCCUCGGAGCUUGGAAUCAUCCGUCAGAAACGAAGAAACUACAGUAGAAUGCGGCAUUGAACGCACAAAAAUAAAACAAAAAGCAGUAGCGGUGUUAGGAUGGAAACGUCGAAUCCUUCGAAGGAGGCCCUUGUUGGUGAGGAGCCGAGCGAGGAAGAUGAGGAGCCAGUCAAGUCAGAUCCGGACCACAGCCAGACACUGUCUCGGGUACUGCGGGCGGAGUUCGAUUCCCGGUACAACAUAGUGGACCUGCAGACUCCAUUGAACGCCUUCAUGUCCGGCCAGUACAAGAAGAGCUUCGCGUACUACACUCUCCGGAGUCGCCUCCCUGUAAUCCUCACCAAUGUGAUAGACACCCUUACGCGGGACAAGAGCGAGCUGGUGGCCCAAUUCGCUCCCCACGACUUCGCACAGGCAGCUCGCGAGGAGCUGAAAAUCGUCAUCGGACUCAUCUCUAGGCUGAAGUAUGAGCUGCAGACCGACAAGCCGUUCCAAAGCUUCACGGGCGAGGAACCCGACCGGGAGGCUUGGAACACCUUCAUAAAUCACCUGCCGAAUGGCGAGCGGAGCUUCUACCGGGGAUGCAGCCUGCACGCUGAGUGCUACCUGCACCGAAAGCUUUACUCGUUCGUGGAAAACAGCAUAUUUCUGAAGUCCUACGACUUCUUCGCUAAAAUUAAGGAGCACACCCUAGUCGACCGCAUGGAUGACAUUCUGGCCCUGACGAAGCACACACGUCGUUCGGACAACAGUGUGGAGGUGUUCGGCGAGCUCCUGAAGAUCAACAUGUGGAGCAUCAGCAAUGACGUGUCCAGCGAUCCGGAAGAGGACAAGAAACUCAACUUCAAGGUUCUGCAGGAUGUGGGCGCAACGGAUGAAUACAUAAUUGUGAAUCACGCAGAGGAGAUUUGGAACUGUCUCGAUAACAACAAGCCUAAGAAACUGAAGCAGGUGGACGUUAUCCUGGACAAUACUGGGUACGAGCUCUUCAGCGACUUUGUGCUGGCGGAGUAUUUGAUCGAGAAGGCCCUGGCUAACAAGGUUCGCUUCCACGUAAAGGCGCAUCCCUGGUUCGUGACCGACGUGACGGAGCGCGACUUCAGGUGGACCCUAGAGUACUUAAGCCAGCAUGCCGACUACAUGAUCAGUUUGAUGGGCAAGAAGUUUCUGCAGUUUUUGGAGGAAGGAAAGUUUGAACUGGCGCCAGUAUCACAUUUCUGGACCUCGCCGCAUGCUUUUUACAGCAUGCUCCAAGCAGACCCGGAUCUGUAUAGCUCGCUACAACAGUCAAAGCUGGUCAUUUUCAAGGGCGAACUGAACUACCGAAAAUUGCUGCAGGACGUCUGCUGGAACAGCAGCCAGGAGACGAGCGCCUGUCUGCGUGGUUUCCUGCCAACGAACAUCUGCGUGUUGCGGCGGGUCAAGAGCGAGAUCAUCUGCGGCUUAGAGGAAGGUGUAGGCGAGGCUCUAGCCACAAAGAAUCCCCAGUGGAUGGUCUCGGGCAACUAUGGUGUCAUUCAGUUCGUGGACGGAGCGCGUGAAUUUGGCUAUUAGUUUUAGUGUCUCAUUGUACCAAAAAGGCUUCGCAGUUUAAAUUAUUCGAUAUAAUAUAGUCGUUGCAUAUCCCUCAGAACUCUCAGAUCUGUAACCUUAAAUUAAUACCUUUGUAGUCAUGAAAUUUAUAUCAAUAAUUAAACUUUUUUUAAAUAAG